AAUACUUUUAUUUUAAUCGUCGGUUUGGAAAUAAUUUUAGCCACCUAGAUCAAAGGUUUUCACAAAGAUGAUUUGAGCAGGGGCCCAAAUCCCGAGAGGAGAAGAAUUUACAUAAAGAACUCUUCCCAUGAGCUUUCCACUCUGUUAAAUGGAAGAGAGAAGAAUCUUCUCACAUGGCGUGCUUGUUUACUUAGCCAGCUCUGGGCUGUGACAAAUGGAACAACUUCUUGAUGCCCAACACAGCUCGCCCCCAGGCACUGAGUCAGCUUUGUGUUUCCCAUGAGUUCUACUUCAAAUAAACAGACCGGAGAACUGUAUUAAUUAUGCACUCUGGGGCGCAGGGCUGUGACUGGCUUCAGGCUCCACACUCGGCCCCAGUCGCUCGUCUCCAGCUAGCUCACGGCAGAGGAGGUGUCUCUAAGUCCUUUCCAUUGCUGAACCUGUCCUGACACCCACAGUGCUAUGUUCAUUGGUUAUACGGGGCACAAAGAGAAAAUGGAAACUAAAAAGCCAGAAUAUCAACUCCAACCUCAGCAACUUCAGGAGACACUCAAUGAAAUAUUUUUUCUAUUAGGAAACUUAAAAAUUGGCCACAAGUUAACUGUCAAAAAAUGGGAAAUGUUUUAAUAAAAGCCCCUCCUCCUCCUGCAGUGGGUGGGAAUUGUUGCGUGUUUAAGAGCUGAGAAAUGACACACUGAGGCCUUAGAACUAUCCUGAGGCAGCAGUGUGCUGGGCAGAGGGCACAGACACAGAAUGGCCAAAGACCUGGAUGCGGGGAGCUCCAAGCCCACCAGCUGGCAAUUAUUUCCAGACAAUUCAGGAAAGAAUUGGGGCUUGGUUCCUGACAAAGUAAUGCAUUUUCUAAUGACUCUUAUUAUUAUAAUUGGCCUAGAUACCAGGGGGAAAGGAAUAAAGAAUUUCUUUUCUUUCUUCAUUUUUUUUUUUGCCAGGCUCUGCACCCAACACUUAACAAGCAUUAAUUGGCUAGAUCCCCAUCACAGCUCCAUGAAGGAGGUACCAUUAUCCCCAUUUCAAAGAUGAGCUCUGCCUCGGGGAAGUUAAAUAACUUGUGGAAGUUCCCCCACCUAAAAGAAGGAGUCAGGACGGAAACCCAAGUCUCCCUACGCCAAGCCCUUGCUCUAGACUUUACUGACAGCAAAUAAGGUUUAAAAGGAGUUUAAAAAUGGGCGGCUGCUACCCUUAGCCAUGGGCAAGAGCACUAUGCUCAGACUGAAUAGAAUCUGUGCUUGAAAAGGAAAAGGAAAACUUCCCUUGUGUUCUGCUCAUAAUGACCAAAUGGUUCUCCACCCCCCAGUGUUAGUUUAUUUUCCUGUGAGAAUGGUCUAACAAGAAACCUCUUCCUAUAAGAGCAUCGCCUCCCUGAGCCCCUGCGGUCCACACUGACCAACCUUGAGCUUUAGAUGGCGGUGAGGUUUUCCGCUUUCCUCCUCCAAACCAGGGAGGAUGGCUUCCCUGCUGUCUAACUCACUUUUCUAAUACAGAGGAAAGCCGCCCUGCCUUCUCUGUUCACUGUCUGAUUUAAGGAAGUUCUCCAGCACUAGAGUUGUGGUGUUUCUGUAAGCCACACAAACCAGAAUGUAUUUCUUCAGCUACUGUCUGUUGUGUCUUUUGGGGUCUUGACAAUAGCAGGUUGGAGCACACUCGCUGGUUUGCCCUUAUUAAGCCGUGAAGGUCGCUUCUCUGCCAGGAUCUAUAGUCGGCAAGUCCUUGCUUCUCUUCCACAAAUGUGUCUCUUCCAGCGCCUUUUGCAAUUAUGGCUCAUUUCUCUAGGUUUCAUGUGGCAGGCGCCUGAACAGAAUUAUAAGCAUGAGCACGUGCAGAAAUAAUCCGCUUCCCAAGAUAGCAAAUGCUGAGGAGUUCUAUAUUAGAACACACUGGGAGUGCUGACUGGCUAGGGCGUGAUUAACCUAAUAGGCUUAAAGUUCCACUUGCCAUCCACAUCUGUCAGGACAUGAGCGAAAUGCAGGCCUGUAAUCCACGAGACUGAGGUCUCUCAGAAUUGCCCUGCUGCUCACUAACAGCGGAGGGUUCAAAACUUGCGACAACGACAGGACAACAGGCACCGUUACCUCCACGCGGCGGGGUCAAGGCAGUGAAGAAAGCUGGUUCCGAGUUCAGGACGCUGCACCUUGGACUUCACAGGAUUCUGGCCUGGAAAUUGCCUGGAUGGAUUAGUAAGACUGCCUUUUGUUCCUAUUUCAAAUACUGCUCUCUGAAGAUUGUGACUGUUGUGGGUGGGAGAUGACUACAAGGUGAGAUCAUGGGGUGCACACCUUCCCACAGUGAAAUUGUUAACAGCGUCGCUAAGAGUGGCAUCCAGUUUUUUAAAAAGCCCAAAGCAAUUUUGCCAGGAUGUCAGGGGGACAGUGAGAAAUGCUCUAUCCCGUUGCUGGCUCAAAGCUCCGCCUGCUCUGACUCUGGGAGGGGCUUGUCCCAGGGACAGAGGCCGGCGGAGGACCAGCCAAGUUCCAGAUGGACUCAAACCAGAGCUGAAGGUCUUUCUCAGCUCAUGAGAGAUCCCACUACAGGCAAAAAGAAAGAUGUGGAAGGACUGAUCCCAGAAACCAGAACCUCCCCAUUGCAGCUGAACAAAUCAAAAAGUCACAUGGCUAAGGACAUUUCAUUCAAGACACAGACCCAUGAGUCACAAGGGGCAGCCUUUUCUGGGGAAGAGAGUGAAGAAAGCAAUUCCCAGGAGACCUCCAAAUGGGAAAGGAAGCCAAAAUGCCACAAGUCAGGCAAACAGGGCCAUUGCUGCCAAACUAUCUUUCCUGCUCACGGGUCUGAAGUCAAAGUGGACUUCCCUGAGCCCCUGGUAAAGGCCCACCAGCACGCUUACACCUAUCUGCACUCCUGCCUCUGCAAAUAUGAAGCAGUUCUGCACAUCACCCAUCAGGCCACCCAGACCCAGGAGCUGCUGCAGCCCAUGGUCAGCUUCCUGCUGCUGUGCUUUGAUGAGGUCAACCAGCUCCUGGGGGAGAUCUCCAAGGACGGAGAAGUGCUCCUCCAGGAAGUCAGGGAGGAUCUGGCUUGGCCGUUGAAGAAAGGAGAGCCCCAGGGGCAGCCAGAUCUCCUGCAACAGCUUCUGCAGUACACAGUCAGCAAGCUGCAGGUGCUCAGUGGCGCAGUGGCCUCACUCACUGGCAGCUUCCUGGAGGGCUCCAGCAGCUACCUCCACACUACCGCAAGCCACUUGGGAAAAAAGCUGAGCACAAAGAGGGGUGCGGAUGAACGCCUUCUAAGGGCUCUGGGGCAACUGGAGAGCUUAGCAAGCGACCACAGCGACCCUGGAGUACAAGGUCUACCCUUGUGCUCUGAGGACAGCGGCAUUGGUGCCGACAAUGACUCCGUGCUGCUGGCGGACAAGCUGGGCAAGCAAGCUAGCUUGGACUUAGGGCUGGAGCCUGCAGACUGGAAGUCGGGGAUUUUACCCCCAGUGGAGUCCAGGCUGUUGGGACAUGCCUGGCAGCAAAGUCCUUUCCAGAUGGGUUCAGACAGACCCCAGGACUGCCCACUCUCAAGGCCUCUUACAGCAAAGGUUCAGCCAGCAGCACAGGGUGGAACAGGGAGCCCAGGCCCCUCCAGCACCAGCCCAGAAAAUACCACCUCCAGGCCUCCGGGGAUGGGCAAAAGCAAUCCACAUGAAUCCCUUGGGAUGGAGAUCUCUGUGGAAGCACAUCUUCCUAAAAGCUCCAGGUUGAUGGACACACCAUCCCUCAGCGAAGGUGAGGACAGCAGCCUAGAGGAGGAGGAAGACACUUCUUACCCAAGGCCAAGGUCUUCACCUGCUGGCCCAGAAAGCACAUUUCAGCUACAUCCCGGGAGACUCAGGAGCCCCCAGGCCCAGGAAAUGAUUCUGAAGAUGAAGGAAGCCAUCAGUGAAAGGAUCAAGUUUGUCCCUUUGCCCUCUGGGCACCAGGACUGGGCUGAGGAGGAGGAGAGGAGGACAGCAGUCCCACCAAGACCCAGCACGGUCAGUGGCAGCAGGAGGGAGCCCGAGAGGCAGAGGAGGUCCCAGUCAGAGGGGUGUCUGAAGAGCCACAUGGAGGACGCCACUCUCCAGGAGCUGCGGAGGGUCCAGAGAGACCUCAGCCAGAGGCUGGAGGCGUUUUACACCCUGGGCACCCAGCGGCAGGGGCAGGGCAAGGAGCAGGUUCUGCACCCCAGAGCAGCAGCUAGGAGGCCUGACAACAACUACAGGGUCCCCCCGAGCAACACCAUCAGCAAGCUGAAGGCAUCCUUCACCAAGAAGUUCAGCAUUUUGCCAAGUCAGGACAAGAGCAUUUUGCAGAAAUGCAGUACCCCCCCGGAAGGUGAACAGCCCUGGCCGCCAAAAGCUGAGGGGCUUCCAAAUGCCAUCCCAUCAGGCGAGAGGGCUAGUGAGGCUCCCGGGGCCAAGGACGGGAACAUCAGGGGCCAUCCCACUAGAACAUCAGUCAAGAAACUCAUUGAAACUUUCAGUCCCCCUGAGAAACUGACAACACUGGGGGAUUCUAAGGACUCUGGGUUGAACUGCCUCAGGAAGUGGGGGGUCCCCAUCAUGCCUCCCAGAUUUCCCAUUUACAGGGGGCUUGCUCCUAUGUAUCCAAAGCCCCAGAUUUCUCCAGCAGCAGGCAGAGACUCUCUCAAGUUGGGCACAGGCUGGAGGUGCUUAGCUCCAGUCUUUCCCCCUCUGCUCACAGCAGAAGCAUCCAAGAGUGAGGACCUUAACUGUGAAAUGCAGGAGGACCCAGAGCAUCUCCCUCCACCACCUCUGGAAAUCCUGAUGGACAAAUCUUUUGCUUCUCUGGAUACCCCAGAAAGCAGCAAUCUGAGGAGGAGCUCCCUUGAAGGAACCCACGUGCCGGGGCUGGGAAGGGCUGGCCCUUCCGGGAGAACGUGGGCUUCCUCAAAGCUCAGAGCCUCCAUGAGCCCCACUGACCUGCUUCCCAGCAGGAGAACUGCCACCCUCACCGGGCCCCGCAGUGCAGGGCCAGGGAGCGGCAAGAGUGGGUGCAAUACUGGAAAGCUCACCUUGGACCUGAACCAUCUGCCAGCAACCAGCCAAAACCCAGAAGUGGAGGGUAGCAGGGCUCCAAGUCAGGCACGAGCGGACAGGGCUGCAAGCCUCUCCAAGCAUCCCCGGAAGGCAGUCCCCUGGCAGCACUCCAGCCACGCAUCUGGGCAGACCAGGACCUCGGAACCCAGCCUGGCCAGAUCAACGCAAGGGCCACGUUCUCCGGAGGCUCUAAGACACAGCCAAGAGAGAAGCCCCCCAGUGAUCAGAAAGGCCUCUCCCACAAGGGCACACUGGACACCCCGAGCAGACAAGAGUCACCCCAGCCUGCCCUCCUGUCACAGACAUGCCCAGCCAAGUGUCCCCUCCACGCAUGGCUCCCCCAGCCCACCACUCAGCCCUCUGGCAAGCCCCAGGGUGCUAAGUCCCCCAACAGUGAAGAAAGGAGCUUCCCCACCACCCCAGCACAAGCUGCCAGGCCCUCCCCUGGUGAGCUCACCUGCUCAGCACAAGGUCUCCACCCCCCCUACCCAGCGCACAGAAGCACGUUCUCCUGCCUCUGGCCCCUCCCUAUCCCCCCCAGCGUCCCCUAGUCAGGGACUCAAGGAAACAAGAGAUUCUGAAGACAGUUGGGAGGCCCCAGCCAAAGCACCUGGGAACACGUGUUCCAUAUUCUGCCCAGCCACCUCCUCUCUGUUUGAAGCGAAAUCACCAUUCUCAACAGCCCGCCCACUCACCCCACCAUCACUGCCACCUGAAGUUGGGGACCAUGGUGGGACCCCCACAGGAUGCUGGAGGAGCAGCUCAGGGCCACGACUGAGGGGGGACGCACAGCGGGGAAUGGCCCUGUGUGCCCUCAACCCCCAGCCCUUCAUCAGAAGGACAGCCUCUGACCGCCGGCCAGGCGUCCGCCUUCAUCUGCCUGUCGCCGGCACCACCAGCAACACUUGUGACUCCCACCUCGGCCAGAGCAGCAGCGGUGAGGAGAGCCCUAAGAAGGAUGCAGAGCCGUGGAGCAGCCCCUGUGCCCCAGAGCUGAAGGGCAGCGGCAGGGGCGCAUCUCCCCCGGAGCUCUGCGUGCUGGGCCACGGGCUGCAACGGGAGGCCAGCACUGGCUUCAGCCAGGACAAGCCCCAGCAGAAGGAAGCGGCUUGACAGGCUGGCCAACGGGGUCGCACUGAUGCCAGUCACCCCAGAAGGCAAAGGGUGACAGCUAAGCAUCAGGAUAACCCACAGAUGGUGGGCUAGCCCAAGUCCUACUGAGGUGUCCUGGAAAGGCCUGGAAGGAACACUACCCAGAGCGUCUGCUCCAUUCUAAACAUUCACCAUUUUCAGUCCCAGAUCCUGCUUGGCCUUCAGGUUCAAAGGUUCACUAUAACUUUGGACCCUGCAACGACACUCUUUAAUCCUUCAAGUACUGGCCUUAAUUUAGGGGGAAAAUGUGUUUACCGCGUGCUUGAUGGGCCAGGUGUUUUACCUGGGUUAGCUCCCCGAUAUCAUUUAAUCCCCACAACAGUGAGUGAAGUGAUAGCAUUCUUCUGGUUUUGCAGAUAAGCAAACCAAAGAUCCCACCCGCCGAGUGUCUUGCCUGAGGUCACACAGCUAGGAAGAGAACAGAGCAAAAAUUGGAACAGGUGUGCCUGGCACUGGAAUCUAUUGUCUUUCAUUACAUUUCAUCACCCGGGACCACUCCAUCAUUGCAUCUGCCUAAAGCAUUCGUAGUUGCACAAAUGGUUGGAAAGCUUUGGCUUUUUAAGGUUAAAUAGUGGCACAGCAUUGAAGUCCCCAUUACAAGCUUUGUUUAGAAGCUGAUUGUUUCAAGGAUAAGGAGACUGAGGUGGAAUCAAGAUACAGCCCCAUCCACCCUCCUUCCUUUCCUCCUUCCCAAGCUCAGCUCCAAAGCCCAAACAUGAAGCUGCCAGCCCACUAGAGCAGCCGGCUGCCUCUCAGCGGAAGUGCGUCUCAGAGGCAUGUCUCAAAUGCUCUGCCCCACGCAUCCACGUGCCUCACAGCCUGAGUGGGUACAACAAGGCUCCCCAACAAGCAUGGACAAGCAGCCCAUUCUCUGUGUCCAUGGGGGCUGGGGCUCCGGAGGACGUGUGGGUACGGUGCACACGCACACACACACACACCAGUCUCCCCCACGGGCUCUUCAGCCAACUUUGUUCCCAGGUCACCUGCUGACCUUCUGCUGGAGUUGAAAUUGAAGCAAAGAAUGGCCAUUCAUGCCAAAAACCUGCUCUGCUGAUGAGCUAGACUGGCUGCAGGUCUUGGAACUUUUCCACUGGAGGCUGUGGAGUACUUUCUAUUCAGAAAAGAAUUUGCAGUAAUUGGGUGAUUCAGUGCUGGCUCAGUGGGUUGUCAAAAGGCAAGAAUUCUCACCCACGGGGUACAACUAAGGGACAAUGCUCCAGAUCUGCUGCAAAGCUGAUUUUUUAAGUUUGAGAAAAUUAUAGACUUCAACUCCU